CGACAACCAUGAAGGCUGCUCUCUUCUCCGCGACGCUCUUUGCCAGCGCGCUUCUCUCGGCCGCCGACCACGACGGCUGCGGCUCGGCCAGCGGCACCCCGACGAUGGCCCCCACGACGCUGGCGCCGACGGCCGCGCCCACCAAGGCGCCCGCCCCGGGUGAGUGGGUGAGCCUCGGUGGCUUUGCCCACGAGAUCUCGUUCGACGGCAAGAACGCCUGCGUCAAGACGGGCGACGGUGCGUUCUGCGGUCUCACGUCGCAGCAAUUUGCGCAGUGGAAGAAGGUGGCGACGACCGUUGACCCGAUCGAGCAGGUCGCGACGGCCAACGGCCUCGCCCUUGUCUGGGGCGGCGCGUCCGGUGCGCGCCUCAUGCAGACGGUCGACUUGGCGUCGGGUGUGACCCACGACACGCCGCUUCGCGCGGACGAGUCGCCCCGUCAGUUCUCGACCGACGGCAAGACCGUCGUGGGCACCACCGACUCGCGCUUCUUUGGUGCGGCGAUCACCAACGGCGCGAUGGACUCGCCCGUGACGAUCGCGGACAGCGACAGCUUGGAUGUGUACAAGACCGCGAUUGCCGGCAACGACGUGUACAUCACCGACUACGAAGGCGUCGUCAAGUACUCGACGCUCGAUUCGUCGGUCUGGACCGUGCGCCCGUUCGGCUACGUGGACACGGACUUUCGCGCGCGCGAGUUGGCGUCGGACGGCGUCGACCUGUGCGUGAUCACGUACAGCCUCGAGAUUGCGUGCGCCAAGCUGUCGACGGGCCUCGAGACGUGGGAGACGUACCCGGGCAAGUGGCAGGCGAUCGCGGUCGCCAACAACACGCUCACGGCCGUGACGUUUGUGGACCGCGACAUCCAGGUCACGCAGCUCAAGUAGACAUUUCUCAUCUGAAACGAGAGCAUUGCAUAGUAGAAUAUACACCGUCAUUUUCGU